AUGUUAUUAAUAUUGAUUUUGAUUACAUCAAUAUACGCUAUCCCAUUAGAUUUUCCUUGUUAUGAUGAUACAUGGUUUUUUUCAAACGAAACGGGAAAAUGUUAUAAACCAAUAAUGGGAGCACAGAAAUUACCGUUUUCAAAUGCUUCACAAGCAUGCAAAACAUACUUGCAAAAUAUUUCAAAAGUUUCAAUAAAUUUAGUAAAAUUAUCUAAUGAAAAUGAAGCUGAUACAUUUGUGAAGUUGUUGUCUGAAAAUGCUUUUAAAGAAACAAUUUGGAUUGGAGCUAAUCGUAGUGAUGCGAAGCAACCAUUUAUUUGGUAUAUGGAUGGUAGUACAGCUCUUUUCGACUACACUGAUUGGUCUCAAGGAACACAACCAGGAGAUUGUAUUGGCUUCUCAUAUACAACUCAACCAAUAUCUGGAACCGAUAAGUGGACUAUAGUUAAAACGAUCGAUAAUAAACCAUGUGAUAUGAUGCGUUCAUUCAUUUGUGAACAUAAAGUUCCACUUUGUACAAAUCCGCCAGGCGGCUUUAAUCAAACUACAAUGAUCAUAAAACCAUCUAUCAUGGCUCCAAGAUCUAUUGUACAAGUACAAUGUGCACCUGGUACAUUAAAAGAUCCUAUUACAUCUAAUAACCGAUUAUCCGGUUUUGAUGUGGAUUUAAGCUUAUCAGAAAAUUCAUAUAAAUGCACAGGGAAACGAUUUAAUAAUAAUCCAAAUCCUGAAGAUCCUUUAAAGUUUCAACCACAACUAUUCUAUUCAGGCUAUUUACUACCAACAUGUUCAUAUGUGAAAUGUCCACUUUUUCCAGAAUUAUUGGAUAAUAUAGAAAAUAAGCCUCAAGUUCCAGUUGGUUCAGAUAGUCUUAUUUAUGAUUAUGGACAAAAUAUUACAUUACAAUGCAGUCGAGGUUAUGUGAGCUUUCAAAAUCCUAAUAGUACAUUAACAACAAUGGUCUGUGCUCACGCUAGUACGACGUUUAAUCUGGGUUUAUGGGACCCGGAAAAUUAUCAGGCUUGUAUAGCUGUGCGUUGUAAUGAAACGGAAUUGGACAUCAUUAUUCCUAAAAAUGCUAAGUUAGUUACUGCACGUAAUCGUAUCACAGAACAAGUCUUUGGCUUACAUCAGGUUAAUCAAUUCUAUUCAUAUGGAAAUGUGAUUUCUAUCAGAUGUAAUCCAGGAUAUCUAUUUAACGAUCGUACUACAGAAAAACAGGUAUCUUGUGAAUUAGCGCCUGGUUCAAAUACAAUUGGAGAAUAUCGUGGUUAUUCUGGUACAUUACUACCAUUACCAACAGAAUGUCAAGAGGCCACUUGUUUAUAUGAACAAGCCGUAAUACAAUCGGAUUAUAAUAUGGAACCAUAUUUUAUUGUCAUGAAAAGUAACAUAGACGUGAUGAAUUUAACGAAACACAGUGGAGUUCAAUAUCCACGUGGAACAGUGAUUCGAUACUUUUGCAAAGACGGUUACGAAAGUAUUCAUCAAAAUUCCGAAUUAAAUAUCACAUGCGGUAAUUACGGCCAGUGGACUCCACAGCUAAUUGGUUGUAUUGCAAGAAUUGAGAAAGUUCCUGUGAGCCUUACUGGACGAAUUUAUACUGAACCAAAAGAAGCUGAAUCUGCAGCAAAAUUAUCCUCAAUUAUGUUCAUUAUGGUUUUUAUAUUUCUGGGGCUAAUUUUAUUGCUAGAUUUAGCCACUAUUGGUAGAGAUUUCAAACAAAUACGGAAAAAUAUUAAAUUGCAAAGAAGAAGAUUGAAACACUCAGGAAAUAAAAGCAAAGUUGGUUGA